AUGGGUCCGUCCACAUCUGCAACCGUUAAAAGUCCCACCAUAGCCUCUCCAACAGCCGCACAUUCACACCCCUCACAGAACAGCGGUUUGCUGGCCCUCGUCCCUCCCAAAUCCGCCUUCAUCGACUUCCAGCCUCUCCAUAUUGUCCUCGAGUUUCAAUCCGCAAUCGACGCAAUGGCAUUCCAUGGUUCCUGCCACGGCUCCAUAAUUAAACCCAUGCACCCAACUUGGAUUUAUCUCCCUAUGCCGCAUGGGCUGAAGCGAGUGAGACGCACCGAACGUGGUGACAUUGCAUUUCUCUUUGAGAGUCGGCAGUUGGCAGAGAUGUGGGAGCACAGCUUGCUGGGAGUUGCGCGGCUGGGAGCGUCAGAGGAUCGUGAGGCUAACGGGGAGAGCAAGGAUGGCCUGGGAAUUAGAGCUCGCGCUAUGAGUCUCGGACAUGUGGCGAGAGAUACGGCCAAGACGGUGUUUGUGGGAGAAACGCGGAAGAAUUAA